AUGAUAGCAUUGAAUGAAACGGAUUUUUUUAUGAAUGAUGAAUCAAAUCAAUUAUCAAAUUCUUUUAUUCAACAACCAUCACUUCCAUCAACACUUCAUCCAACAGAUAUUGAAACUGUAAGUGAUGAUGAAGAUAAAUUGGUAAAUAUUCAAAAAGAAAAUCAACCAAUUCAACUCACACAAUCAUGGCAUAUUGAACCAUAUAAUAGUAUUGAUGAUAAAAAUGUUUUAAAUAAACUUCAAUUACUUCAAAAUCGUGCUCGUCAUAUUGAACAAACAUUAGCUAGACGACAGUAUCGUGAUCGAAUUUUUUAUACAUGUGUUAUUGGUUAUUUUCUACUUCAAGCUUUACUUUCUGUUCGUCGUUCAAUGCUUAAUUAA